AUGACUGACUGGGCGCUUCCAUACACGACAACGACAGCCACAAUGGAGGUGCUUCUCGGAAUUACGGGCAAGGACUUCACCAUCAUCGCCGCCUCCAAGGCUGCGAUGCGAGGCGCAACCGUCCUGAAGGCGUCCGACGACAAGACGAGGCAGCUGAACAAGCACACGCUGAUGGCCUUCUCAGGAGAGGCUGGUGAUACAGUACAAUUCGCCGAAUACAUUCAAGCAAACGCCCAGCUCUACUCGAUGCGAAACGAGACGGAUCUCUCUCCAUCCGCCAUUUCCCACUUUGUCCGCGGCGAGCUCGCCUCCAGCCUGCGCUCCCGGAAGCCCUACAAUGUCAACCUCCUACUGGGCGGUGUCGACCCCAUCACUCUCAAGCCCGCGCUUUACUGGAUGGACUACCUCGCGUCGAUGGCGCCCGUGCCAUAUGCCGCCCACGGCUACGCACAAUACUACUGCCUCUCCAUCCUCGACAAACACCACCACCCCGAUAUCACCCUUGGCCAGGGCAUCAAGAUCCUCAACAUGUGCACGGACGAGCUGAAGAGACGAAUGCCCAUCGACUUCAAGGGCAUGCUCGUCAAGGCAGUCACGAAGGACGGCGUGAUUGAUAUUGAGUUUGACGACGACAAGGUAGUCAAGAGCGCCUAA